UUCUAUUUUGAGAACAUCGCAACCUUCAUCAGUUUCAGCCGGACAAACAUGGCUGCUCUUCGCCUAACUUCCUCUGCCCUCUUGGGAUCUUCGAAACAAAUUUCAAAAGUAUUUCGUGGCAAUUUCAGGGUUUCGGCUUCUAUCAAACAUCAGGAAACAUGUGAAUUUGGUAUUCAAGAGCAUAACUAUGUUUCCACUCAGCGGAGGAAUGAGGCAAACUGUCAGUGGUACCCAGUCACUGUUUUCAGUCGAGGAUUCAAAACUUCUUUGACCCUUGAAGAUGCCAAAACUGUGAUGGUACCUCCAUUUGCUGACUCCAUCAGUGAGGGUGAUGUUAGGUGGGAUAAAGCUGUUGGUGAUUCAGUACAGGAAGAUGAAGAGGUCUGCCACAUAGAAACUGACAAGACAUCAAUCCCGGUCAAAGCUCCAUGCAGCGGAGUCAUUACUGAGUUGUGCGUAAGUGAUGGAGCAACUGUACAACCCGGUUCGAAGCUUUUCGUCAUCAGUGCAGGAGGUGCUACCAAAGCCGCUUCGGCCCCUCCCGCUGAAGCUGCUGCUCCAAAACCCCAGGCUGCUCCCGUUCCUCAAGCGGCGGCCCCUGCUGCCCAACCAACUGCUGGUGCUAUCCCAACGACACCUCCUCCACGCCCGACGCCUCCAUCUAGCCCGGUUUCGUCUAUCCCAGCUGCGAGCAUCGAGCCCCGAGCUGCUGCGCCGCUUAACGUUUCGCAGACAUCUCAAGCAGUUCCUCUAGCCAAACUUCCGCCUGCAGAUUAUAGCAAAGAAAUUACUGGCACGAGAACCGAACAGCGUGUCAAGAUGAAUCGCAUGCGACUGCGAAUUGCGCAGCGCCUGAAAGAAGCCCAAAAUAUAAAUGCCAUGUUGACAACAUUUAACGAAAUCGAUAUGAGCAACAUCAUGGAACUGAGGAAAACACACGGAGACGCCUUCCUCAAAGUGCACAAAAUCAAGUUGGGUUUCAUGUCCGCCUUUGUCAAAGCUGCUGCCUGCGCCCUUGCAGACCAACCGACUGUGAACGCAGUUAUUGAUGGGAAUGAAAUCGUCUAUCGCGACUACAUCGAUAUUUCCGUUGCCGUCGCCACACCAAAAGGUUUAGUGGUGCCUGUUUUACGUAAUCUAGAUUCAAUGAAUUAUGCCGACAUUGAAAAGGCUAUCGCCGCUUUGGGUGAAAAGGCAAAGAAUAACUUGUUAGCUGUAGAAGAUAUGGAUGGAGGAACGUUUACAAUCUCCAACGGUGGCGUUUUCGGAUCAUUGUUUGGCACACCAAUCAUCAACCCACCCCAAUCUGCUAUUCUGGGAAUGCAUGGAAUAUUCGACCGACCCGUCGCACGCAACGGCCAGGUGGUUAUUCGUCCCAUGAUGUUUGUUGCCUUGACGUACGAUCACCGGCUUAUCGACGGAAGGGAAGCGGUGACUUUCUUGCGCAAAAUCAAGCAGACAAUCGAAGAUCCCCGUACUCUCCUCUUGUCCAUCUAGAAAGAGAAUUUGGUAGAAGGAGCUUUAACCGCGAAUCAUUUAUAGAACGCAUUAAAGUUCCCCAUUCAGUUGAAAACGAAUUUAGAAGAAAACAUGAGUUAUAAAUAAUAAAAAUAAAAGAAUCCAGUGUUUUCCCUUAUACAACA